AUGACGACGCCUAAAAGAUCUAGGAAAUCAGAUCGAUUCAUACCCUCGAGGUCCCCACUGAGUAAGAUGUCAUAUAACCUUGAUGACAGCAACUCAAAAUCAUCUUACAAUUCCUUGCUCAAACCCUUUUCGUCUUCUCUGCUGCAAUAUCCGUCUCCGCAGCCUAAAUUGAUUGGAUUUGCUGGUGGCGACAUCGAUGCCGCAAAGGUGGAGGCCGACAAAAGCUUUUCCAGCCUACUUAGCAACGAGCUGCUCAAUGACGAAAACACGAUACCAUCCACAAGGAGAUCCUCCCUGACAGGUUCUCAUGAUUCCCCUAUAUUAAUGACUCCACGGUCAAAAGUGCUCCAGUUUAUGCCAUCCAGCUCGUCCGCUGUAGCUGCGUUGAACUCCAGUAGACCUUCAAACAUAGUUACCCUCGACAGCGUGGCUCACGACUGCUACAAUCAACUACCCAUCAAAGGCAACACAGAAAGGAUUUUGAAGCGCAACAGAAGCCUCUCUCGUAGAAUUCCUAAAGUGCCUUGGAAAGUACUCGACGCCCCAGGCAUGGUCGAUGACCAAUACACGAAUCUGCUGAGCUGGUCCUCACAUAAUAUGCUCGCUGUGGCACUAGGAGCGCGCGUAUUUAUAUGGAUUGCACACAGCAGCCAGGUUUUCACUUUGAGCGACCCAUCAAGCUACACCCAUGAUGUAGUUGUCACGAGUCUUCAAUGGAUCGAGGGCGGUACACUGCUCGCUGUAGGGCGUUACGAUGGCCUUGUACAGAUAUGGGAUGCAUCAACGACAACCAGGCUGGUGCGCACGUUACGAGGCCACGACAUGCGGGUGGGAACUCUGGCAUGGGCUUCACAUAUGACUCUUGCAUCUGGCUCGCGCGAUCGAUCAAUGUUGGUCAGAGAUCUGCGCACACCCACCCAAUCCUGCAUCAAGCGACACAAUGGAGAAAUAACGAGCUUGACAUACGACCCUGCUACCAAUAUGCUCGCUAGUGGUGGGAACGACAACAAGCUGUACUUGUGGGAUACGCGGAGCCAGGACAGGUUUUUGAAUCGCUACUAUGACCACGAAGCUGCAGUCACCGCGCUAGCAUUCAAUCCCCACCACCGCGGCAUUCUGGCUUCAGGAGGAGGUACAAACGACCGCCGAAUCGUGUUUAGGGAUAUCUUAAAAAGCGAUAGGAAACCAGUGGGAGACUGGGAUACCGGCAGCCAAGUCUGCAACCUAUGGUUUUCGCAGAACACCCAAGAACUCUUGUCGACGUCUGGAUACAGCUCGAUUGCACCAAUGAAUCAGCUAUGCAUAUGGAAAUACCCGUCCAUGUCUCAAGUGACUGCUAUUGGCGGACAUAUCUGCCGGCCUAUCCACAUGGGUGUUUCGGCUGAUAGGACUACUGUCGCCACUGGCAGUGCUGACGAGACUAUAAGGAUAUGGAAGCUGUUCCCAGAACAGCAGGCUGACAGGAGCAAGAAACUCAAACGGGACUCAGCUUUCAACCUCACCAAACUUAUACGCUAG